AUGAGGAGAAAUAUAUAAAAGCCCGCAAUUUAAGCUAAAAAGGCUAAAUUUGAUUCUGAUAAUUUUGAAGCUAGCAUUGGCGUGAACUUUGAGGAAAUGGCAGCUACCAAGGUCGGGUAUUUGGCUAACAUAAAGACUACCUCUUUUUAAGACUAGAAUGGAGGAGAUCUUUCAGCUGUGUUGCUUUACUUCAUUGAGCCUAAUGGCUAAUGGUUCAAGGGUCUCUUACAAUAUGAACCCUACUUCUAUCUCUUAUGUGCUAAUGAAGCUGUGAGAGAGAUUGUAUUCUAUCUCAACAAAGCCUAUGAAGCUCUGAUAUCAUCAAUCGACUAUGUUGAUAAAGAGGAUUUAAGCUUAGUCAACCAUUUGUCCGGGAAAACUUAGAAAUAUCUCAAAUUAAGUUUCAAAAACAUUCAAGACUUACUCUAAGUCAGAAAUGAAUUGCAAGUCAUUGUAAGGAGAAAUGAAAAGAACAAAGAGACUUAAGAAGCAUAUGAAGGAUUUUACAACGCAAGCGACCUCGUUAACUAGCAAAUCGAUUCAGCCUACUACUUGACAAAGAUUAUUGAUUUAAGAGAAUUCGAUGUGAACUAUCACAUUAGAGUGGCUAUUGACAAUGAAAUUAGAUGUGCCUUUUGGUAUGAGAUUGAAGUCGAUGGACCUCUUAUUACCAGCAUUAAGCACUUAAAAGAGAAACUUGAUAAAGCUGACUUAAGAAUUUUGGCUUUUGAUAUAGAGACAACAAAGGCGGCAUUGAAAUUUCCUGAUUCCAGAUUUGAUUAAGUUAUGAUGAUUUCAUAUGUGAUAGAUGGGCGAGGAUAUUUGAUUACUAAUAGAUAAAUAGUUGGUGAUGAUGUCUAGGAUUUUGAGUACAGUCCCAAGCCUGAAUAUGACAUCGGAGUCUUCACAGUAUUCAAUGAACCAGAUGAGAAGGGACUUCUAGAUAAGUUCUUCAGCCAUAUAAGAGAGACUAAGCCAUUCAUCUAUACUACUUUUAAUGGUGAUUUCUUUGAUUGGGUCUUUAUCUAAGAUAGAUGCAAAGUUUAUGAUAUGACACUCGAAGAUUAAAUUGGAGUAUAUUGCAACUCCUAGUCUGAGUAUUCAGGCAGAUUUGCUGUUCAUAUGGAUUGCUUCUAUUGGGUGCAACGUGAUGCUUAUCUUCCGCAAGGGUCUCACGGUCUAAAGGCAGUUACCAAGGCUAAACUAGGCUAUGACCCAGUUGAACUAGAACCAGAAUUAAUGGUGCCAUAUGCUAAGGAGAGACCAUAAGAACUGGCUGAGUAUUCAGUCUCAGAUGCUGUUGCAACUUAUUUCCUUUACCAAAAGAUGAUUCACGAUUUUAUUUUUGCCUUGUGCACUAUUAUUCCAACGAAUCCUGAUGAAGUGCUCAGAAAAGGUUCUGGUACUCUCUGCGAAGAUUUAUUGAUGGCUUAGGCUUUUAGAUGCAAUAUUAUUUUCCCAAAUAAGCAACAAGAGAAGUUUGAAAGAUUUUACAACGGUCAUUUGAUUGAUACUGAAACCUACAUCGGAGGUCAUGUGGAAUGCCUUCGUACCGGAGUAUACAGAAGUGAUUUUCCUGUGAAGUUUAGACUAGAAAAAGCAGGCUAUUAAGGAUUAAUUGAUUAAACUGAGGCUAUUAUGGAUUUUGCUCUUAAAGUUGAAUUGAAUAUCGAUAAGGCUCUUGUUACCAAUUACGAUUAAAUUAGAGAUGAUAUUGUAUCAAAGUUAGAAAAUAUUAAAACUAAAUGCCCAGUAUACACAGCUGAGCCAUUGAUUUAUCACGUUGAUGUAGCUGCUAUGUAUCCAAAUAUCAUCUUGUCAAAUAGAUUGCAACCUGUUGCUAUUGUUAAUGAAUAAGUUUGUGCUGGUUGUAUUUUUAACAAAGACGAGAAUAAUUGUAAACGUGAACUUAACUGGCAGUGGAAAGGAGAAUAUUUCCCUUUAACCAGAAAAGAGUUUGAAGGAGUUAAAAAUCAAUUAGUCUAUGAGGAAGAGAAGGAAAUUGAAAACAAAAAGGAAUUCACACUUGCCACUCUAACUGAGCAGCAAAGACUUAAACUCAGAGUUAAAAAGUACUGUCAAAGUGUGUAUAAGCAGAAUCAUAAGGCAGAGAUUCAACUCAAAACUGACACAGUUUGCAUGAGAGAGAACAGUUUCUAUGUUGACACUGUAAGAGACUUUAGAGAUAGAAGAUAUGAGUAUAAGAACUUAGUUAAGGUCUGGUCUGGCAAGUAUAGUGAAGCAAGCAAGGAAAAUAAUAUUCUUAAAAUGGAAGAGGCUAAAAACUUGAUGAGCUUGUAUGAGUCUCUAUAACUGGCUCACAAGAUUAUUCUUAACUCCUUCUAUGGCUAUGUGAUGAGAAGAGGUGCUAGAUGGUAUUCUAUGGAAAUGGCUGCUAUGGUUACUCAUACUGGAGGUUCCAUCAUUACUGAUUCAAGAUCUUUAUUUGACUAAAUUGGUGUUCCAUUGGAAUUAGAUACUGAUGGUAUCUGGACAUUGCUGCCUAAAGGUUUUCCAGAAUGGUCUUCUUUCCAACUAUCCAAUGGCAAGAAAGCUAAUUUCUCAUUCCCUUGCACAAUGUGUAAUGUCUUAAUCUAUGAUAAAUACGCAAACAAGCAGUAUCAAACCUUGAUAAACCCAAAAACAUUGGAAUAUGAGACAAGAACAGAGAUGUCAGUAUUCUUCGAAAUCGAUGGGCCAUAUAGAGCUAUGAUUAUUCCAGCAUCAAAGGAGGAAAAUAAGAUGCUUAAAAAGAGGUAUGCAGUUUUCAAUCAUGCAGGAAAGAUGACAGAAGUAAAGGGUUUUGAACUGAAACGUAGAGGAGAGCUCAAAUUGAUCAAGAUUUUCUAGGAGGAAGUAUUUUCAAAAUUCUUGGAGGGUAAAACUUUGCAGGAGUGCUAUGAUGCAUGUGGUGAGGUAGCUGAAAGAUGGUAUGAUAUUUUAGACACUGAAGGUGAGUAUAUUGAUGAUGCUGAAGUGAUUGAAUAUAUUGGAGAAAGCAGAUUCCUUAGUAGAAGUCUCUCAGAGUAUGAUGGCCAGAAAAGUCCGAUGAUAACCUGUGCUAGACGUUUAGCUGAAUUUCUAGGAAAUGAAAUUGUAAAAGGCAAGGGUAUAAAUGUAAAGUUUAUCAUAGCUAAGUAGCCUCUAGAUGCUAAGAUCACAGAGAGAGCUAUCCCAACUGCUAUCUUUGAAUCAGAUCCCAAUAUAAUGAAAAAGUUCUUGAAAAAGUGGUUAAAAGAUAGUUCUUUGACUGAUUUCGAUAUGAGAACCAUUAUUGACUGGAACUACUACAAGGAGAGAGUUUCAAGCACAAUCCAAAAAAUUAUUAUGAUUCCAGCUGCACUCUAAAAAUGUCUAAAUCCAGUUCCUAAGAUUUAGUAUCCAGACUGGCUUAACAAAAGAAUUAAAGCUUAAGACGAUAAAUUCAAGCAAAAGGACAUGACAUAUUUCUUUAAGAAUAAAUAAAAACAGCCUUAACAGUCAAUAAGAGAGAUUGAGGAUACUGCCUCAAGUAAUCCACUAACCAAGCCAAUUCAAAAGUUAUCACUUGGCUCAGAAUCACUUUCAAAGAAGCCCUAAUCUAAGUAAUAAUAAGUAGUAGUUGAUAAAUACGGGAACAUUGAGGAAUGUCCACCUCCAGAAGACAACUUCUAAGAUUGGUUACAGUAUCAAAAGAGUAACUGGAGAAAGAUUAGGAAAAAUAUUAAAGAAGACAAAAAGGUUAUUAGGGAAAAAUCUCUAAAUACACUUGCCGUUCCAAGAAACUAAGGCCUAAACACUUUCAUUAGAAAUAUGGAUGAUAUGGUACUAAACUCGACCUGGCACAUACUUUAAAUCAAUGAAACGUUUGAGCCAGGCAUCAUGAGAAUUUGGGCCAUGACAGAAAAUAGCUAGAUGUUUUCAGUAAGACUUAAGGUCCCAAGAGUUAUCUAUAUCAACUCCAAAACAGUAUGCUAAGAUGCAGAUUUUAAGAAAGUUUAAAAAAUACUUCCAAGAGAAAGAAAAACUUAUCAUCUUUAUGAGUGGGAAAGUUCUGAAGAUAGCUUCUAAGAAAAAUUCCAUAACCUUACUUAUCAUCAUUUGAUGAACCCUACCGUUGAAGGUGUAUACGAGACAAAGACCCCACUGUUGUUUAAAGCAAUUUUAGAGUUAGGAUGCCAGGUAAAGCCUAGGAGAAAUGCAAUUUAACGUAGCGAGCAAGCUCUGGGAAGAUUGUAUAAAAUCUCUGAAUUAGAGCUUAGACAUUCCAUGCCAACUGAGUCAGUAUAUCUUCCAUCAGGAUCGUAUGAGAAGAUAUAUCUACUUCAAUCUUAGAGCUAAAAUAAUAGGCAUUUCUGGGGUCUUUUUACUGAAUCUUAAAAAGAAGGUUACUUCUUUGUUGUAAACCCAGUGGCUAACGCUAAAAAUCCAGCAUUGCAAGGAUCUUUAAAUUACAAGAGUAUAAUUAAUAAUACACUAACUGAAUAAGGAUACUAAAUAGAUUAUGUAAACUGGGAUUUCAGCAAUAAUCAAUACACUUUCAAUGAACUUUCAUCUUGCCUUAGAGCUAUCGAUUAAAAGCUUCAAGAGUACAAAUCAAAGAAUAAAGGUGCAACUAUAGUGGUUCUGUAAAGUGAAUUUACUCCUGAAAAGCUUAUGUUUAUGGGAAUGCCAAACUUAUUCAGUGAAUUCCCAUGCAUGAAAUGUCCUCAAAUACUGUCUGACAACGAAUUCCCAGCUUUAGAUUGGAUUAGAUUUGCAGUCAAAAAUAUGGCUACUAGAUUCGUUGAAAUCAAUGAAUGGGUUAAGGAGAAAAUUAACUUUUCAAGAUACUCAUUAAUUCCUGUCUGCAAUCUCGAGGGAGAUGCUCCUCUAUAUAUCAUUGAUACUCUUUAUGCGAGAAACUUAACAAUGAGCAAGCAUCUUCUUUGGUACUCAGACACCUCAAAGCCAGAUCUAGGAGGUCAUGAGGAUAAGGAUUUCAGAAUUUAUUUCUAAGAUGAAAUUGAAAACCCUGAAGUAAGCUUGAAGGGAUUCUAUAGAGGUUACACAGUUGAGAUUGAUGUAACUUAAUUUGCUGUGAAUGCAAUCCUCUAAUCAGAUCUUUUAAAGGACUUUGAAGAAGCCUCUGUUUUCGCAACUUAGAUUUAGUAAUAAGACAAAAAUGGUAGAAGAGGUGAAGGCAACUUUGUGAAAAUGCAAAAUAGUGAAUUCGAUAAUGAUUUGGAUGAAUACGUAACAUGCGCAGGAAUUUUCAGGAAGCUUAGAGAAUUAGUAAACUUCUGGCUAAGUGAUGUAUUGAAGGAUGAUUAAUAUGCUGACAGACUGAUCUCACAUCUUUAUAGAUGGCUAUCUUCAUCAACUGGCUCUAAGCUGUAUGAUCCUUUACUGCACAGAUUGGUUCACUAACUUAUGAAGAAGUUCUUUUAUCAGUUACUACUGAGGUUAAAACAGUUAGGCUGUAAAGUUUUUUAUGCAAGUUUCCAUAAAAUUAUGAUUCAUACAGAGCGCGAUACCUUUGAAGAAGCUGAAAGCUUUAUCAACUUUGCCAUAACUACAGUCAAGCAUAACCCCUUGUUUAGUUUCAUUCAGCUAAUUCCAAAUGAGUACUAUAAAAUUCUUUUGUUCAAGGAUAUUUACAACUACGGAGGCAUCAAAGAGUCUAAUCCCUCUAAAGUAUCAAACAAAUGGGAUAUAUGUAUGCAUUUACCUCAAGCAAUUUAAAGAAAAUUCUUACUCACAGUUGGUGAGUACAUACUCAAGGUCUAUAAGCACAACAAUAGAAUGAAAACUGAAGGAAAUUAAAACCAUGUUGAAGAAGAAAAUCCUCUGCAAAAAGAAGAUAAGAAAAUUGAAUCAUAUAUGGAUACAGUAGACGACUUCAAAAAAGAGAAGGAUCACGAUUAUAUUUCCAAGCUUAUAUCUGAGUAUUUCUCAUAGAAAUUGUUCCCAUUGGUAAAUGAAUUUCUUACCAAAAAAGAAGAGUAGGGAUCUGAUGUUGAGUAAGAUGAUUAUGAAGAUGAUGCAGGGGAGGAAGGCCAGGAAGAAUAUGGCGAGGAAGGUGGAGCCGAUGAAAAUGAUUAGAACUACCAGAACACAGCUUAUGUGCAAUAGGAUAACAAGUAUGUAAAACAAAGAAAGUAGAGAGAAAAGGAGAAAAAGCAAAGAGAACUUAAAAAGUGGGAAUUCCCUCAGAGAAUCGGCUCUUAUAAUGACUAUAAAAAUGCUGCUCUUGAAUUUUCUAAGCAAAUUUGUAAAAAUGUAUUUGGAUUAGAUGAGGCAUUUUCUGGUCAAACUACUACAUUGAAAAGAAAUCUACUUAGUAUUAUUAGGGAAAAAGAGUUCUCUACAAAUGUAGUCAGUGCAACAGAGCCAAGUCUUAUCUUAGUAAUUCCAGAUGUAAUAUGUGAAGUAUGCUAAACUAGUAAAGAUUUGGAUAUUUGCAGAGACCCUUCACUAAACAAUGAUAAUCAAGAUAGCAAUGAUCAAAAUCCGGAAGUUUGCGAUUGGAAGUGCUAAUAGUGCGAAAGUGUUCUUAAUAAGGGGCUUAUUGAGAGAAGACUUGUUGAUCUUCUGAAUAGAAGAGUAGUGGGCUAUUAAAUAUAAGAUCUGAAAUGCAUUAAGUGCUAAAUGGUCAAGAACACCCUAGUAAGCAGAUACUGUCAAUGCACAGGCUAGUACAAACAAACCAUAGGUUAUGAGCAACCAGAGAAGCUCAAAAAUCCAAAUUUAUUGAACAACAUGACUGACAUAAGAUUAUUUAUUCAGCUCAUGAGAAAUUUUGGUACCUACCACAAUAUGCCAAUCCUUAAAGAUUCUGCUCAGUAGAUGACUAUCUUAUACUCUUGA